AGGCACAGAAAGCAUGGAGAAUGAUGAACUUCUGCCAGCGGAUGGGAUGGAUUGGAGUGGGAUUGUAUUUGCUAGCAAGCGCAGCAGCAUUCUACUAUGUUUUUGAAAUCAAUGAGACUUACAACAGGCUGGCUUUGGAACACAUUCAGCAGCACCCUGAAGAGCCUCGGGAAGGAACCACAUGGACACACUCCUUGAAAGCUCGGUUACUUUCCCUGCCCUUUUGGUUGUGGACAGUUAUUUUUCUGAUACCAUACUUACAGAUGUUUUUGUUCCUUUAUUCUUGUACAAGAGCUGAUCCCAAAACAGUGGGCUACUGUAUUAUCCCCAUAUGCUUGGCAGUUCUCUGCAAUCGCCACCAGGCAUUUGUCAAGGCUUCCAAUCAGAUCAGCAGACUACAAUUGAUUGACACAUAAAGCUGGUCUCCGUUUUGUCCCUAUGAUUACAAGACUGCCAUUACAUUAUGGAGGUUGAUCACAAGACUACAGUUUCUUCACAAAUCUCAGGAAGUUGUGGUGGAACAGAGACUUAAAAAAUGUGACAAGAGGACUACUUUAUCUGAAUAAUAAUGACUUUUUAGGUAAAGCCUGAGAAACAGUACCACAGAAUCAUGUUAAUAACUUCAGAUUUUGGAAGUAAAACAGUGGGUUGUUAUUUGCAAUCUUUAGAAACUUGAAAAAGUA